CUCGUUUAUAGAAACAACAACAAUUGUGUUGUUUUUUUUAAAUACGUAAGUGUAUGUAAAAAGCAUAAAAUAUCGACGUCACCUUACAUUUGGAGUGUUUUUAAAUCAUCUUAAUGUUCCUUACAGGUUGCCGUAGAUUAGGUAUUACUCAAGUGAAGAGCGUCGGUCAAAGUUGAGUUGACUUUAGCGACUCCUCCAAUGAUGUCUGCGGGAAAUAUCUCCCGAUUCUGGGAAUGGGGAAGGAAGAUUAUUUGCGUGGGCAGGAACUACGCGGAUCACGCCAAAGAGUUGAAAAACGCCAUCCCCACGGAGCCGCUGCUGUUCUUGAAGCCACCCUCCGCCUACGUCCGGGAGGGCUCGCCCAUCCUGGUGCCCUCCUACUCCCGCAACCUGCACCAUGAGGUGGAGCUCGGCGUGGUGAUCGGCAAGGGGGGCACGGCCAUCCCCCGAGCCGACGCCAUGCAGCAUGUGGCCGGGUACGCCCUGUGCUUGGACAUGACCGCCAGAGACGUCCAGGACGAGUGCAAGUCCCAAGGUCUGCCCUGGACCCGGGCCAAGGCCUUCAACACCUCCUGCCCCGUCAGCGACUUCAUCCCCAAGGAGAGCAUCCCCGAGCCGGGUGACGUCACGCUGUGGCUGAAAGUCAACGAGCAGCUGAGACAACGUGGCUGCACCUCGCAGAUGAUCUUCUCCAUCCCGCAUCUCAUCAGCUACAUCAGCGACUUCAUCACCCUGGAGGAGGGCGACCUCAUCCUCACCGGGACCCCGAAGGGGGUGUCGGCCGUGCAGGAGCACGAUGAGCUACAGGCGGGCAUAGAGGGAGUCAUCACCAUGCACUUCAGAGUGGACCGACAACAUCACUAGUCGAAUGAAUAAUAAUAAUAAAAAUAUAAAAACUCUAAAAAAAGAAGUUGAUAUUUUACUUCUCAAUGGCCUAGUGGUUAGAGUGUCCGCCCUGAGAUCGGUAGGUCGUGGGUUCAAACCCCGGCCGAGUCAUACCAAAGGCUACAAAAAUGGGACCCGUUACCUCCCUUUUUUUGAUUGAUUGAUUGAAACGUUUAUUAGUAGAUUACACAGUACAGUACAUAUUCCGUACAAUUGACCACUAAAUGGUAACACCCCAAUACGUUUUUCAACUUAAAUCUAUUCCUGCUUGGCGCUCUGCAUCAAGGGUUGGAAUUGGGGGUUAAAUCACCCAAAAAAUGAUUCCCGGGCGUGGCCACCGCUGCUGCUCACUGCUCCCUUCACCUCCCAGGGGGUGAUCAAGGGUGAUGGGUCAAAUGCAGAGAAUAAUUUCACCACACCGAGUGUGUGUGUGUGUGACUAUCAUUGGUACUUUAACUUUAACUAUCGGUAUAGCUCGGUUGGUUGAGCGGCCGUGCCAGCAACUUCAAGGUUCCCGGUUCGAUCCCCGCUUCCGCCAUCCUAGUCACUGCCAUUGUGCCCUUGGGCAAGACACUUUUCCCACCUGCUCCCAGUGCCACCCACACUGGUUUAAAUGUAACUUAAAUAUUGGGGUUCACUAUGUAAAGCGCUUCGAGUCACUAGAGAAAAGCGCUAUAUAAAUAUGAUUCACAACUUUUCACAGUGCCUUCAGCUGUAAUGGAAACACUUUGCAUUAACAAGAAUAAAGUACACUUAUGAGUUGUUUAUGUCU